AUGACUGGAAAAGCUCAGAGUCUGCGCACGUCGCUGACUCCGAGUGCCUGUCAAGGCUGUCGAAUCUCCAAAGUAAAGGACAAGUGCUCCGGCCAACGCCCUUCUUGCACACGUUGCACUACACGAGGCCAAAAAUGCUCAUAUGAGGUGGCUAAGGAGGGGUUGACUAAGAGGGAGUUCUUUCGCGACAAACACCAGGAGCAGCAAAAAGAACUCAAGGCGGCCUUAACCAUUCUUGAGAUUUUACGGGAAGGUAGUGAUCAAGAGGCAGCAGCGACUCUAGCACGCUUGCGGACUGGAAUGACUCUCACCGAGGAGUAUGAGAAGAUCCUUGCCAACAAGGCUUCUCAAUUCAAGUACAGUCCGGCCGAGCAGGAUGACCAGCUUGCUCGAAAGAUAACAACAGCGGACCUUGGCCUCAACGAAUACACACGGCCUUUUCUUCAUUCCACCGACACCCCUUCCCUCUUUUCAUACCCCGCGAGCCCACCUAGCCACUAUCUUCCCAAAGAAUACGCAGUGAGCACGCUUGCUCCUCUCUGGAAUUAUCUGGACGAACGACAGGCCCCAAAUGCCUCGACGCAAUUUUUCGACCUACAAUUCUCAGCCUAG